GAAGUGCCGCCGCAGCCGCUCUCCCACAGCGGCUCUCUCGGAGCGCGCGGUCACACACCUGGUCGGACCGAGCAGCAGCGUCGUGUCGCGACACAAAACAGCUCCGUACAGCUCCAGGGUAAAACGCUUGAGGAAUGCGGUAUCACUAGAAAAUUGAAAGUUUGUUGUAAUUACUUGAAGGUAACUUGUGAUUUAGAAAAAAAAGAAAAAGAAGAAGAAUCAUGGCCWCAGGCGGGUUCAAGCCAAACGCAACGACAAACUUUUUGGAGGAGUGGAAGGCGAAGAGGGAGAAGGUGAGGGCGAAAAUGCUGGGGGACAUCGCCGCAGCCACCGGCGUCCCCCUGAGUCCCACCGGCAACCCGGAGCGAAGCGCCUCUCCGGGGAGCUGCCACACCUCCUCCCACUCGGCGGCCCAGUCCUCCUCCUCCUCCUCCGGCGGCGCUCCGAACAGACCCGAGGAGGACGCGCAGCACCCCGUCCACACCCCGGCCGGCUCCCUGAAGAAGGCCCCUCCUCAGACGGACAAGGCGUCGCCGGAGCGCAGCCCCAGAAUGGCUUGCAACGACAGCGACAAGGAGAGCCCYCCGCCCGGCAGCAGCAAGGGCAAGGAGAAGAAGAGCUCCGGGCCCAGUGCGCGGAAGGGGAAAGGACAGAUCGAGAAGAGGAAGCUGAGGGAAAAGAGGAGGUCUACAGGUGUGGUCAGCAUACCUUCAAACGAGAGCCUGGAUGAGCUGGAUGACGACGAUGACGCUGGAGAGAAAGACAGGAGGGAUGAAGAGGAGCUGGUUCAGGCSAACACUUUCCAGAACGAGUCCAUGACGGCCGACCCCAACACCAGCUACUUCAUGGAAACUCCAAGAAGUUGGCGCCACAAGGGCUCUGCAGGACAGGGGCUGGAGGAGGAGGCCGGWGGAAGGAGCAGACAGCGACACAACCGUCACAACAGAGAUGGAGGAGCAGGAAGUCUGGAAAUGAGGUUGGAGGAGCUGGAGACGGAACUUGCAAGAGAGGUUCAGGAGAACACCAGGUUGUUGAAGGCCCAGCAGGAAAAGGAUGAUCUGAUUAUGAAACUGAAGGAGGAAAUCGACCUGCUGAACAGAGACCUGGACGACAUUGAAGACGAGAACGAGCAGCUCAAACAGGAGAACAAGACUCUGCUGAAAGUCGUGAGCCAGCUGACGAGGUAGAGCCGCUCCGCACGACACGGCCAACACGACCUUUCACCUGACGUCCUCCUCGGGGUCACGUCCAGCAGGGUGGCCUUGUAUGUCUGAUUCAGUGUAGGUGAGACUUAAAACUGGUCAUCCUCGGAGGCUCACAGCCUUUAAAAAAAAGAAAGAAAAAGGAAAAAAAAGUGUAUUCUCAUUGACGUGAAAGCUAAGCCGUGCAGUGARGAUUGUUUGUCAUCUUAUACAUAUUUAAUGUAAAUGUCUUGUAUAUAGGUCAUUUAGAUUGUUCUUUUUUUCCUGUUAAGGUUUUAAAACAAAAAUAAAAUAAAAUGAAUGUAUCUGCUGCAACAACCAGCACGACAAAACCUUGUUUAGAUGCUAAAAUAUAGACUCUUCCACUUUGUGCACACGCAAGUUAGUCACACAGAUCUUCAGUGUUCGAAUUGUUUUCUAUUUAGAARCAAAUUCAACACUCACUGCUACAGUAUCAGCAGCCAAAGUGGGCUUAGUGCCUUGCAAUGCAUGAGACUUUUUUAUUUUUUAUUAUUGUUGUAUGAUUUCUGAAAUAGUUAGAGCCUGGUGCUUUAUUAGGGAACACUUCAUUUUUCUAACUUCUUGGUACAUUUCAAUCCAACGGGACCUAUAAACCUGAUUAAAAGUAUGUUCAAUAAAAUAUUCAAAUCUGUAUUGAUUAUGUGCCUAAUGCGUUUCAACAUCUCAUUCCUGUUGUUUGAACGCUUUAGGGGUGUUUACAAGUUGCUGCAACGUUUGAACGAUUUUCAUCUGCAUCUGAACCGUGUGUUGUUGAACUUUUUUUUUUUAUGAAAACCAAAUGAAUAGAAGGAACUUGAUAUUUGAAACGGAUUGUUGCUUCAAGGGAACAGGCUUGGCCGCUCGCGCCUGGAUCGUUUUAUUCCUCCUGUGGUAGUUUUUAAGUCACUUGUACAAUCGCGCAUUUUCGGGUAAAGAGCAAGAAGCUCGCAGACGAACACAGAGCUGUCUCUCUUUUCCCAUUGCAUUAUGCAUGUACAGAAGAUUAAGUCAUUUAAUAAAAGUUUGAUUAUCUCUCUC